GAAAAAUCUCUUUUAUUAAUGAUUACCGGUAUUGUUUUUGUUUACAUUGGGGUUUGGUUUGAAAAUUAAAGAAGUUUAUUUUUUAACAAUUACAUAAAAUGAUGUGUGAAGGCUGCAAAACAUAUAAAUCUCUAAUAGAAAUUGAUAAGGAUCGAUUCUAUUGGACUGAUCAACUUAGUCGGACUAAUAUAGAAUUACACAAGAAAAUUUUAUAUUUAGGUAGUUAUAUAUCUAUAUUGGAGAAAAAAAUUGCAAAUUUAAAUGAAAUAAUUUUAUUGAAAGAUAUAUCAUAUGCUUCCCAAUGUAUUGAACAGGAAAGAGAGAAUGUAAGUCUAGAGACUUCAACAAGGAAAAAAAAUAAAAAAGAAAUUGAGUUUAUCCCCAAUGACUGCCUCAGAAAGCUUAGAAGUUUAUGUACCCAACUGAAUAAUGUUGUCGAUGAAUUCCAAAUUGCAAAGAGCAAAUUUUCUAGAAUUUUAGAAAACAAAGAAAAGGAAUUGAAUGAAAAUUCCAAUUAUCUUCAAGAAAUGGUACAAACCUAUAGAGAUAAUCUGUUCAAGGAAAUGAUGAAAUAUAAUAAUUUGAAAAGAUGGAUUUAUAAUGAAUUACAUAUGUUAACAAAGGUUAAUGAAGAAUAUAUCAGAAAUAAUGUGGAAGAAAUGGAGAAAAAAAUUAAUGAAAAAAUCAGAAGCAAAUACAAGACAACCUUAGAACAUGGCAAUACCCAAAUCAAACAUCAAGAUGAACUGAUUCAUAAAAUGCAAAUUCAUAGAAGGGAAUUAUACUGUCUUCUCAAAGAAGAAAAGCUCAAACGGAAUGAAUUGAAAGAAAAAUAUGAGCACACACUGAAUGAAGUCCGCAUGCAGAUACGAAGACUCAAACAGAAAAAUCAAAAUAUGGAGACACUUCUUCGUUUACAGAAGUAAUAUCAAUUUUAUUCUUGAAUUCAACCUGUUGGAUGAAAAAUUUUUAUUUUUAUUAGUAUACUAAAUAUAUAUUCACGAGAGCAUAUCAAAAUUAUCUUGCAUACAGCAUAUAAAGGUGCAUGCUAUAAAAAUCUAAAAAAUUGCAGGAGUAUCAAAGAAGCUAUAAUGUAGGAACUAUAUACUGAAAUUUUCACUAUCCAGGGUUAAUACCUCAAAAAUUCUUAGGCUUUUGGCAAAACUUGUUUUAUCAAGAAAUAUCCCAUGAAUUUCAACCAAUAAAAUUUGUUUAUUUCUUUCAAACAAAUUUAAUUUGUUGAGAUCGUUUUAACAAAAGACCAAAGAAUAUAACUCAUUCACAACUCAAAUAAAAAGUUUAUUUUUCUUAGAAAAUCUAUAAUAAAAACUGUAUAAGUAUUUUCUGAUCUAUUUACAUUUCUGAAAAUAGAUAUUCCUCCAUUCUUUUUUAAAUGAAAUUUAACAUUUAAAUUCUUGAAUCAUUAUGUAUAUGUUUGUUUUUUACGAACGCUAUUGAUAAUUAUUAUUUUUACAGAGCAAUUAUUUUAUAUUAUUUAUUCCAAUAUUGAUGUAUUUCAUUUUCCAUUGAAGUUUAAGAGAUUUUUCUAUUUUGUAUUAGCUAAAUAUAUAACAAUAAAACUUUUUUAUGGCAACAUUA